CCCGCCAUGGCCGCCCACCUGGAGCCCUUGCCGGCCGCGGAGCUGGAGGCGGAGGACGACGAGGAGCAGUGGCUCUACGGAGAUGACAAUGGAAAGGCAGAAGAUGGACCAAUAUCUGGACACAACGAAUCUCAUCCAUUGCAAGACAUUCCUAAGGAGACCAGGAUUGUUAUCAGUGAAGACCAAGAACUGUUGCAGCAGCUCAUCCCAAGUGGGGAAGAUGAGGAGGAGGAGAGCGACAGUGAUGAUGAUGACAUUCGAGUCACGAUUGGCAAUAUCAAGACAGGAGCCCCACCUUAUAUGGGGACUCCAAUGAACCUGAAUCUAAAAACGGGUCGAGGCUACGGAGCACCAGCCUCAGCCAAGUCGCAGCCUAAAGGUAUUGAUUUAGAGGCUUCGGGGAAUGUUAACGGCUUGCCAGUAAUCGAGGUGGAUUUAGAAUCGUUUGAAGACAAACCAUGGAGGAAACCAGGGGCCGACCUUUCCGAUUAUUUCAAUUAUGGGUUCAACGAGGAAACGUGGAAAGCCUAUUGUGAAAAGCAGCGCCGGCUUCAGCUUGGCCUGGAGCCUUCGGUCCCCAUCUGCACCGAGAACAAGAUCACGGUUCAACAAGGAAGAAUCGGCAAUGCUGAGAAGGAACCUGAGAACAACAUCAUCAAGAUGGAUUUUAAAACUGAUUUUGUUGCCCUCGUUGGUGGAAGGAUAAAAGCCGGACCUCCUCCAAACAGGAAACUGGGCGGGACAAUCGACGUGAUUGGCGGACAGGCUGGCACCAUCCGGAGGGUGGAAGGAAGGCGGCGUGAUAAACAUGCCUCCGAAGAAAAUCCCAUUCAGGUGCUUGGAGACCAUGGGAGCAAAACUCAGCCUGCUCAGCCCCCUCAGCAACAGCCAUUUGUGCCCCCGGCAGGCCCACCUCCGGCACUAAGUGGGCCUCCGCCCCACUUUCUCCAUCCUCCUCCGCCACAAGUUGCCUCUGUCCCACCGCCUCUCCAUCCUCCAGGGCUGUUUCCUCCUCCUCCUCUGGCUCCUCCACCCGCUCUCUUGAUUCCAACCCUGGAUGGCCAGCCUGCCAGCUACAGCAACCGGCAGCCACCUCCCUUCGGCUACAACUCCACAGUGACGAUGACAGGUACCGUUAUUAUAGCCGGGAACGCAGUUACGAUUUUGAGCAUGACUACCGCAGGAGUAGAGAUCGCAGUCGUGAGCGAGAAGAUCGUCACCGGGAAAGGAGGCACAGAGAGAAAGAAGAGAGCAGCAAACAUAAAUCAUCACGGCGCAAGCAGCAUGAGAGUGAAGAAGGGGAAAGCCACCGUCGACACAAGCACAAAAAGAACAAGCGCAACAAAGAGGAGAAGGAAGCAAGUGAAGAUGGACUUGCAGAAGAAAAUGAACAGGACACCAAGGAGUAGCGAACCUGGACUCUGCCAGCCAAGGGUGGUGGCGCCUCUCCAGCCAAUGUUUCCAUUUGGGGUGAUCUUCUUCAUGGGAGAAUGCCUGAGACGACAGAGGUGCCCAAACAUGAACACAGGUUGAGUUGCCAACAUGGAAAGCCCAACUGCAGGACUUUGAGGAGAGGACCUAAUUCGCCACCCCUCUGGCCUUGAGGGGUUCUCUAUGCAGACCAGCCCCAUCGUGUCAGAUCCUAUGGCUUCUGAUGGGAGUCUGCUUCAGCCUUGAGAGGCUAGGACAAAUAUUGGGCAAUGAUUACAGUUUCCUUUUUUUAAAAGAAGCAGGACAGCCACUACGUGGAACUGAUUUGGUACAAGAAGAAACAAGUAUUGGGUCAUCCUCCAAGCCAGGCAAUCUGGCUCCUAUAAGCUUGUCCCAUUUCUCCUUUGCCCCUUAAUUGUAGCUUUGAACUUUGGACUUCAUUCAAGGCAAGCUUGGUGGGAAACCACAAUUCAGCCCCUGGAAGAGUUCUGCCCCAUGGAAUGUCCAUUUCUCCCUAGGCCUCUGGAGUCUUCCAGAUCAGAGAGUUGUACUAGGACCAGGUCGAGUGGGCUUUGUGGUGAAUUUCAACAGGGCCACUUUUUCAAAGUUGGCCUUAAGUAGUUUGACACAAGCUACUUACUGAUCAAGAGCCUCUUUUUUUACCUAAGCCAAGUUAAAAAUUGGCAAUUUAUCUCUAAGUCUCAGAGUCACUUUUCACAACUCUUAAAACACUAAAUGUAGAGACAUAGGAUUUGUGGUUUCCUUUGGAAAAGAAUACGCCAGAUUCUCUUAAGGCCAUUGCUCUUUUGCGCACAUCCAUCCUUGCAUUACCUUCCACCCAUGGGAAACGUUUAAAAACACUUCCA